GUCUGAACUCUCAUGUUUUAUUCCCUUAUCUACAUUACAUCCGAAACAUAAUUUUUCGGCUGUUCUAGAGCUCCUAUGUCGUUCCCUGAACCAUCCCGUCGGUUGCCGAUUCAGCACUACGUUCAUUAUCCUGUUAUCGAGCAUGAGAGACUUAGACCCCAGAGUCCCGAGUAUCCGGAUCCGUCGAGUCACUAGAGAAAUAGCCUCGGUUUUAAAGAGGUUCUUAUAAGGGUCUCAUCGCGCUCUGACGCCACCAAGUCCGCUCCAUGCAAUCAAUGAAUCAUAAUCACCUUCCGUACUUGACCUUGUGUCUCUCACAUAAUGUGUCGACAUAUACCGACAUCUCCCACACAAAGCAUAGCUUCACUCCUCGCCACCGUUGUGGUAGUCGGAGCCACGCGCAUCCGUGAAAAACAGAAAGAGAAGAAGGAGGCACGUCGAAAGGAGAGCCAGCAGUUCGAGAAAGAGCUGCUUCAUGAUUUGGAAGAUGAACAAACGCAGACAGAGAUAGAUCUUGUCGAUAAGUUUGCGGAUGGGAAGGCUCAGAACAAGGCGAUGGCAGGUCAGGCGCUAGAAUCAGAGCCAUUAUGGAAGGCUGCCAAAGACAUUGAACCACACGAACAAGUACAGACCUCUAAGGCUAAGAAGUCGAAUAAGAAGGACCCAGAUUCGCCUCGCGUGCGUUGGAAGUCGGCUUACUCCAAGCUUGAUGACGAGAAAAGAAGUCGGACAGAGGAGAUAACGGUCCGGUUAGAGAAAGAAUCACAGUCGGCAACCAAACCACCUGCUGCGAAAGAGUAUACGGUAACAGGAAAGGGGAGACACGUCAAGAGGGAUUCCGGGACCGCUGAGACUGACCCGAUGACGGAUACGCCUAAAACUGAGCGGAACAUACUAGUGAUGGAAGCCGAGAUAGCCAAACAGGAAGAGAUUCAGGAUCAGGUGGAAAAUUUGAUCUCUGGUCGGGUGGCUUGGAUAGAACCGCACCAGCAGCGUAACGACGGGGACGAUUUGAGAAUCAAAGCAUUGUCAGAGAUAGGAAAAGCAUGGACUAUGGCGCCUACAAAAAGCUGCCGUGGAAGCCGAAGGGCUGAAGGAAGGAUGUCCGGUAGCUGCCAUGGAAGAAAGCGAAGUGAAGGAGGUUGCGCUGGAAGAAGGCCCCAGAGAGUAGAAACAUGGUUCUAAAAGAAGCUGGUCUGAGAUUGGACGUGACUUCAUGGAUAUACAAGAAAUGGAGGAUUUUGGGGUCUUCUUUAGACUUUGUAUAAGUACAUUUCCUUGUAAAAGGAACCCGUACACUCGUUUACCGCUACAAGAGGAGCUUCAUAUUGUUUUGAGCAUUCCCAGUAAGAAAGAAGUUUGGCGCUGCCCCCGAUUUCUAUUAGUACGUUAGAGGCCCCCAGAUGCUUGCAGGAAAGUGUACGGAUAUCUAUAGCAAGGCACUGUAUUCUUUGGAAUGUCAGAGUCGGGUUUUCUAGGUUACACAUGGUCAGUUAGUAUUAGAAGUCCUUCGCUGGAUUUUAAACAAUCCCAAACGUUAGAACGGUACAGUGUGUAUGGC